AUGACGCUACCUUCCACGAUCGCUUCGCGCUUCCUCACCAACCCCAAUCAGCUGGGCGUGGUGGCUGUCGGCUUCAAUGGUGGACAGUACAAGAAGGGUGUGGAGGCCGCUCCCAUGGCCCUCAUCGAGUCCGGCCUGUUGACCCAGCUCCGCGACGACCUCGACUACGACGUCCAGCACGAUGAUACCGUCCACUAUUACGAGAAGGACAUCCCCGCCGAGGACCAGGACCCCGAACACCGAGGCAUGAAGAAGCCCCGUGCCGUCAGUGCGGUGACCGAGCGCCUGAGCUCGCAGGUAUACAACUACGCCAAGGACGGCAAGUUCGUCCUGACCCUGGGUGGUGACCACUCCAUCGCCAUCGGUACCAUCUCCGGAACCGCCAAGGCCAUUCGCGAGCGUUUGGGUCGGGAGAUGGCUGUGAUCUGGGUGGAUGCGCACGCUGAUAUCAACAUCCCCGAGACCAGCGACAGCGGUAACAUCCACGGUAUGCCCAUGGCGUUCCUGACUCGGCUGGCCCGGGAGGAUCGUCGUGAUAUUUUCGGCUGGCUUCACGAUGAGCACAUUGUCAGCACUCGCAAGCUUGUCUACAUCGGCCUGCGGGAUGUCGACCGUGGUGAGAAGAAGAUCUUGCGGGACAACGGCAUCAAGGCGUUCAGCAUGCACGACAUCGACCGUCACGGUAUUGGUCGCGUUGUUGAUAUGGCUCUGGCCCACAUCGGUAACGAUGUCCCCAUUCACCUUUCGUUCGACGUCGAUGCCCUGGACCCGCAGUGGGCGCCCAGCACCGGUACCCCCGUCCGCGGCGGCUUGACGCUGCGUGAGGGUGACUUUAUCUGCGAGUGUGUCCACGAGACCGGUAACCUGGUCGCUAUGGAUCUGGUCGAGGUGAACCCCAGCCUGGAGUCUGUGGGCGCAGCAGAGACCAUCCGCGCCGGUUGCUCGUUGGUCCGCAGUGCGUUGGGAGAUACCCUUUUGUAA